AUCUCCCCCAUUGUCUCCCAUAGACAUAUAAUGCAAUAAACCUGCAAUGCAAGUCUAUGGACUCCCAGCAAUUCUGUACACCGCUUGCUUUAUCAAUGUAGAAUGGAGUUGCUGAGUUUUGACCUGGGAUUGUGUUGCCUGCCUUAAAUGAAACAGGUCUCUCUGUAUCCUGCACUGAUCGAUGUGACAUCAUGGAGGUCGCUCCGCCCGCUAAAUUCAACUUUCCCAGUAGGGAUCGAAGGCUCAAAGAAUCUUCAUCAUCAACCAUAAAUUUUCUGGACAGUUUGGUGGAAAAGCCUCUAAACCGGACAGUGCCGAACCACCUCCUGGAGUCAAAAGUUUUCAGGAAGCUCGGCAGUAAUGUCUCGAUUGCGGCAGACCCUGGAAUUCUCCAUUUUGGUGGCUUUGAAGUUGGGAAGUGUCAGCAUCAGGUCCUGAAACUAGUGAAUAUUACCGCAGACGUGUCCAACGUGCACAUCAUUCCACCGCAGAGCAAGCACUUCACCAUCAGCUACAAGAAAGCUAACAGGAUGGUCCCCGGUUUGGCUCUUACAGUCAAUGUUCAGUUCCUUGCUGAUGAAUGGAGAUAUUAUUAUGAUUGUAUCAGAGUCCAUUGCAAGGGUGAUGAGACGCUUCUGGUGCCCCUGCAUGCCUACCCAGUCAUGGACCUCCUGGACUUUCCAUCUCAUGUCAACCUAUCAGAUGUGCCGCUGGGGCAGAGUGCGCACUACGUCCUCCCGUUGCGAUGCAGUUGUCCUGUUGACUUUGAAUUUUGCAUCAUCUGUUCUCAGCCUCACAAAGACUUUGACAUCUCCCCGACUUCAGGGAUCAUUCCGGCCGGUGGACUGGUGGAGGUGACCAUGACGUAUUCUCCGUCCAGCUAUGGAACAGCUCAGAUCAAACUAGAGCUGAUGAUCUCUGAAUUUAAUGCAAAACCCCGUGCCUGCGUGUUCACCGGAGUCUGCUCCCCCAAACUGAAUGCAAGGAAGGAGAGCUCAGAGGACAUCCACAUGUCACCCAAGACGAGACCACAGGGCCGCCCAAAUCUAUCCUAUGGGGUCUCUCGCAAGAAGCGGCAUCUCCAGAGCCUGCAGCAGAACGCAUCACCGGUGAUCGAAUUCCAGAAUCUAAGAUUCCCCAUCAAUCUGUCCAAUCCCCACGCUGUGUCAACCGUGCUGAACCAGCAGCCAGGAAAACGGAAGGUCAAAGACCUCCGGGAAGGGCUCACAGAUACCGACAAGAAGGUAAAGACUCGUCAAGAGAAGGAGACUCGAUUCCAGCAAGUAAUCCAGCAGAGCGUGGCAGAAGAGGAAGCAAACCAGCUGCGAUGGCAGGUUCACCUUGGCUCCGAUCCCAUCUCUGCAAAACAUCGUCACCUAAUAAUUGAGGAUCGUCAGAACACUGAGGCCGAGUACCAGACACUGAGAGGCUGCCCCGAUCUCACCGCCGAGUACAGGAGGGAAUCGGCCCUUGCAGGUUGUCAUCGGGUGCUGCGCCGCACGGAUGAGUAUCCCAGGAUACAGCCGAAAUUUGACCUCUACCUGAAUGACCUUUGGGCUAACAGAAAGCGGGUGCUGAGGCGCUUCCAGCAGGCCGCUCGUACGGUCCUCAUACGAGGCAGAGUGAACGGCAGGCUGAGUUCCUUGAGGAAAUUGGUGCGGAACCUACGAUCAGAGCAAGAAGGGAGCGUCGCGUGUGAGAGCAGCGAUGAGGAGAUCACCCCGAUAUCUGCCACGCAGGUUCUAUUCCAUGAGUUCCCUCCUUACCCUGCUGAGCUCGAUGGAUCGAUGGUAGAAGAUCUCGUGUCUCUUCCUCCCGGACCUGCGGCUGCUAGGAUCACACAGGAGCUUGGAUUUCAUGAUUUAAAGGUUCCCCAACACUUCAGAUUGAUGGGGUAUCAGCCAGUGAGGAGCUAUGAUUCGUCCUCCAUGUACCAUCCCCGCCAUCUUGUGAGACCACUGAGGAGAGGAGCCGAGGAUGAACUGAUGCCAGACAUGACCCCGCAGCCUGAUGCCUCCCGUCCAGAACUAGAAGAGGAGAGUGCAGGAGUCCAGAUGCUGCUGAGACCACCAGAGACAUUGCUGGACCCCCCAAAUUUCCAUCCAAUGCAUGUGUUUAAUCCAGCUCCUGGACUUCUGGCCUUUAAGAGACCCCUCUCAUACUCCGAAGUGGACCUGGAAUAUCACCUGUGCCCGCUGCCCAAGUACUCAUCCCAACACGAGAGCAGCGGAAGCUCAGGGCAGAAGGAGAUUAUUCGAGGAGUCAUGGGCUGGAAGAAGUUCCCAACAGUGUCCCUGUCCAUCUCCCUCCCUGCUUCUGAUGGCUGGCGCCCCCGCUGGUGUGACCCCUUCAAUGUGGAUUUGCUCCCAGUGAGCGCCCCUCCAGCUCUGAGCGGCUUACCGGCAGAGGACAAGGAAAAUAUUGCGCCAAGAGACGGAGAUGAUGUAGACUCCAAAGUGUGGCUGACCCCGGACAUGCUGAGGGCGGAAUUCACUACACUGGAUAAACGGGACACUUGUGAGCAGCAGGAUGAAUCUCUUGUCCCGGCUGAAGGAAACUCCCUGGUGGAUAAAGUGCAAGGAAACCGGAAACAGAUGAAGCUGCUGUCACACAAGCCCUGGCUGAUAUUAGACUGACAGUAUACAGGUAUAUGUGAGUACUCACCGGCGCCACCAUCACAAUAAGGCCACUGUCUGUAUGGAAUCAUGUCCAUCCGAUACCUUCACAGGAGGCGGAGCCAUCACAGAAUAUAAUCUCCUCCCAGAUUAUAAGCACAAUAAAGAACCUAUAUAUGUAAAGAGAUCAGGAGUCUGGUCCCGGACGUGCAGCUCAGCACAACCUCCAUAUCUGGAUAUUCAUAUUUAUAUCUACUGCUGGGUAAAUAAAGCUUUAUCUAUAGACAAU